AAAAUUAGGUUCCCCGCUUCCUUUCUACGUAUGUUUUGUCCCAGAAAAACGUCUGUGUAAAAAGUUGAAUUUUUUUUUCAAUAGAUCGAAGGAUGUCCUUGUCGUACACUGUUGCUCUCUUUGUCUAGCGUCAUUAGACAAGGAGGGCACUAGCGUGCGAUAAGGACAGACAUAUCUGUGCAGUAGACAAGGAGGGCGAUAGCAUUGGAUAAGGAUAGAUAUAUCUGUGCGGUAAACAAGGAGAGCGACAGCGUUGGACAAGGACAGAUACAUAUACGUGCGGCAGCAAGGAGAGCGAUAGUGUGCGACAAGGACAGACUUAUUCGCGCGGUAAACAAGGAGAUCAACAGCGUGCGACAAGGACAGACAUAUUGCGCGGUAGAUAAAGAGAGUAAAAACGUGUGACAAGGACAGACAUAUUCGCGUCGUAGACAAAGAGAGUGAUAGUGUGACAAGGACAACGAUAUAAAUUAGUUCCACCGUUGCACCGCUACGCGACGCUAGUAUUUUAAUGCCUGUAGCGGCUAACACAUCCAGUCUUUCCUUAGUAUACCAUUUCCGAAGAUACGAAUAUUACAAAUCGUAAGUGGAUGACGCUUAGCUACGGAUCAAAUGCGAUCUUUAGGUUAAGCAUACAGCGUGCGGAACAUUUAGGAUGGAUGUUGUUUGUUGGCCCAAGCUAGAGGUUCCUAAUAAACCGAGCGUCUGGGUUAGGGAUCGCCGGCAUCAGCCCUAUUGAUGAAUCUGGAGGUGACUCUAAGACGAAAUACAUUCCACCUUCUAUAUCUUUUAUAACCUUAUAUUGUGCAUAAAAUCAUCCGCUACAGAAAUUUCUCCUUUAGUACCAUCUAUUGACGAAUUGCAAAUUGUAUAUUUUCAGUUAUAUAUAGCAGUAUCUACGUACAAAAAUGAAAAGUUCCAUACAAGAGCAAAGAAAGAGCAGAUCCUUCUCUCAGUAACCGACCCACUAGGUUUUGUUUGUUCUGCGUGACACUCUCAACCAAUUCUUAAAUUUAAGAAUGGAUUGGAAAUAACCAACCAGACCCACAUUCUUUUCGGGGAACUUCUCAUCUCUGCACGACACGUGUUGAUGCAAGUAUAAGUCAUCGUUUCGACUGUUGAGAAAAUUGAGUUAUUACAAUUGAAUUCGAUUAGUGAAUUACGGAAAUGUGGAAUAUUAAUUGAAUAAUAUCUUUGACGAAGAGUUACGCUAACGAGAGACUGAAGGAAAGGCUGACGCCUAGGUCUUGUGUAUACAUGACAAAGUACUUUCGAUCAUUAACGAUAUUAGUGGUGAAUGGAAGAUAUUAGUCGAUAAAUAUUCUACUACAAAAUAGCACUGAAAUAUGAAGAAUAAUUAUGAUUAUCUCUCUGGUGGACAGAAGAUUAAAGCGCGGACAAGUAAAAAACGAAGAUAACCCUAAACCAUUAUUCAUUGGUUGAAGUUUGCCGCGACAGAAGGUACGGUAGUCGGUUGUGCGUCAUCUCGAUGAAUUACGGAAUUCCAGCGAUGAUACUGACGACACGAUAAUCUCGCCCGCAGGAACGAUUAUCUGACGUCAGAUUCUUUUUUCUUUUUUUUUAAGAUGAAUCCCAUUUUCCCGAAUCCCUUGGAACACGACUUUCCGUGGAAGUGAAUCGGGGCAACGUCCGCGCGCGAUCACCGCACGUAAAAAUCCGGGGAAGGUUCGUGGCCGCGAUAAUCUAAAUCCUUAGAAGGCCUCUCCGAUUCCCUUUUUACUCGUGGCAUUCGACGUCGCGGCGUCGACAUUUAGUGUCGUCGUAGACCACGUUGAACCAUCAUCGGCUUCCUUCAAAACCCCACCAGCCGUGCGAAGCUAUCCUUCUUCGCCGCUCUCAUAGACCUUCGCUGGACAAAAAGGAAAGAGAAAAUGCGCAGGAGAAAAGGAAAGUAUACGCGCGGUUGGUACGACAAAACGAGUACGACGGCGAAAAGGGAGAAGGAAGGGAAAGGGAGACAGAGAUAGAGAGCAGGAUGGUGAUAGAGACGAGGAAGACGGAGAGAAUAUAGACGACAGGAUAGGAAACGUAGAAAAGCAUGAACGGUUGGGGCAGGAGGGAUCGAAGAGGAGGAGAGACAGAGAAAGACGAAGCUACGAGAACAAGAAAGAAAUGGACGGUAAAAGAGACGAUAUUUGGUAUGGUUAGACGGAGAAGAAGAAGAAAAAGGAGGCGAACUCGAAGGAGCAACGGAGAGGAAAUGAUGAAAAAGUUGUAGAGGGAGGGAGGUGAAAGAGAGACGGACAGAAGAGCGUGAAUCGGAGGUUUCAAGCCGCGCCUCCUACCUUCAGGGCCCAUGUAUCCACGGCUCGGCACUGUUGACGACGCAGCGCCCUAUGGAAGGGGAAAGGGAAUUACGGGGAACGUGGUUUAGGCAAGAACGAUCGUCCGUAGUCGUAGUCGGGCCACGAGUCGAGUGAUGUCGUCUGACCGAUCUCUCUCGUCGCGACCGCGUUUCUUCCUCUUUCGACGCUUUUACCUGGAUUAAAUUCGGCGCCGAGUGUUGUUCGUUUCGCAGUUACCCGGCUGCGUGUGCGUAACUAAGUCAGUGAUCGGAGAACGAGCAUGCGAGAACGAACGUUUCUCCUUCGGAAAGCACGAUAAACGAAAAGUAGAAGCAAAAAAAGAAAGAAAAAACACAAGAGACAACUGGAUCGCCCGACCAAGUCGCAAUCCAGCUUCGAAUACUACGUCAACCCUCGAGAACACGUGUCGUUUGCCCGGUGUAUCGUCGCACACGUCGAUCAUCGUGCGAUCAGCCGACAUCGGGCUCGAUUAUUAUCAGAAAGGUAUGAAGUUCGCGAGAGUGUGUUUGUUUUCCAGUUUCUAGCAGUGUUGCACGGCGAACCGUGCACAGGAGAAAUCGGGCACGACGAGAGAACGACGAAUGAUUGCCAGGUGAAAAUAACAUCGUGCUCUUAACGUCGGAUACGGCGAUUGUGGUGUGACAUACGGCUGCUGCUGCGAGAAGGAGGAGAAACGGGAAGAAAAUUUAGUUAUACAGUUGAGAAUCCGGGAAGAGAGAAAUAAGAGCAAAGUGGCGGAACAAGAAGCCUGAAAGGAAAGUGUGCGCAGCGUUUGUGGAUUCAUGAGGGUCUCAUGGCUACUGGAUUCGUAAAGUGGUGGCGGGCAAGGUUCCUCGCUGGCUAUAGACCCUUUUCUGUUGGUAAUACAGAAGCCAGUGACUCGGAGGAACUCCUUGGCGGUGUCUCGGCACCUCAUAGCGGUUCACCACCGGAAUCCCAGCCAAUUCUAUUAGAAACAGAGACACCGCAGAUCGCGGUCGACGCUUCUACCAGUCCUACGCCGGCCACCGGAAAUGACGAGCAGCCGAGCGCUAGCACAACGAAGCAACUUAGUUUUGAAGAAUUCGAAUGCGACGUUUCGGUAGCGGAGGGCGACCGGAGACGGCAAGAAUUCUCGUUUACCCUGUACGACUUCGACGGCCACGGGAAGAUAACAAAGGACGACAUAGCCGGCCUGGUUACUACCAUUUACGAUACCCUGGGCGCUUCUAUCCAGGUACCUCCGUGCGGCAGUAAGACGAUUAAGGUGAAAUUGACUGUGUCGCCAGAUCAAAGAGCCAGCCAGACGCGAUCGGCUGGUGGCUGUUUGAACGCGUCCUCGCAGCCGGCUGCUGCCGCGAGUUUUUCCGGAAAUUCGUCCUGCUGCCAUUUGAAGCACGCGUCCUGCAACAAUGCCGGGGCCCACACCGGCGCACACGGUUUACGUAGAGUUCCUAGAAGGAGAAGGGUGCCACGACACCAUUGCCAGAACGAAGAGAAGGAGGUAGAUACUCACAGCGAGGAUGACGGUGAAAAUGCGCGAACGAAUCGAAUAAAGCAGGAGGAAUUACGCAGAAGGGUUGGACCCGUGCCUCAUUUACCAUCACCCUAUUCCAAUAGCUCCGAGGGUGAUAUUAGCGAUGACAGUGAUAUUUCUCCCACAGUUUCCCCCUUGACGCCUCUUCUUACGCCUAAUCAGCGAAAACGUAGUGGUGCUCUGCAAAGGCAACAGCUCUUGGAAAUUAUUCAGGCGAACAUGGAAAAGAAUAAUCUCAGUUUUCAUACGUCGAGGAAACGGCAUCAGAACGAGCAGCUGCGCAUUCCAUCUCAUACUCCACACGUCGAACCUUCGCCUCACUACACUACUCAAGACUGUCGUUCACCACCGGAAUCUCGGCCCACGACAACAGCCUAUCAUAAGCCUACUCGGGAAAAGCCUCAGGGUUUCACAUUCUCCAAGAUACCUGCGAAACAUAGGGGGAAUCUGAGGAAGAUGCGAACGCAAUACGGACUUCAGAGGAAUAACGUUACGAUGCAACCGCCACGUGCAUACGUUCAACCUCAAGUCUUACCGAAGACCGUAAUCAACCCAAACGUCUACGCAGACCAACAAACCGCUCCACCAGCUAAUACAAAUCGUAAUGGCGGCAAUUUAAUAUCGAACAAUCAGUACCCUGUCAAUCAAACUCCGAGCAACAAUCAUAACGUUCAGCGUAAUGGGACGCAAUUCGGUCAAACACCGCAACAAUGUGGCAAGUCGGCCAAAAAGCAUCAAUUGAAACAUGCAACGAGGGAACAGGAUCAAGCCAGAGCUAUGGUCCAAGUCGUGCGCUGGUUGGAGCGGGAAUUUUCACAGAAUGCAAGUUCCGGUAGGAAGCACGUUCACGAACACAUUCAUCAUCAUUACCAUCAUUACCACACAGAGGCACUUGUUUGAUUCUUUUUCGUGAGCAAAUGUAACGAAAUGUUUUGACGAUUUUGCGUUAAUCCUCGAGCGAUAGGAUGAAGACUGCGAGUGAUGCGCGUUGUUACGUCAAAGAUUUUUGUCUGUUGUUAGUUGUCAGAAAGUGUCUGUCAAUUAAUUUUGUAUUGGGAUCAAAUAUUGAAAAUUUAUAAUCAUGUUCUAUUGCAUCCUGUUUAUAUAUUUCAAUAUAUAUUGGUAUAGAUUUUGUGUCAUUAGUUCAUGGAGUCCGGAUUUAGUAAUUCAUUCUACAAUUUGAGGAUUAAUGUACUAACAAAUAUCUAAAGGUAAAGCAUAAAAUGAACCUUUGGUGAUCUAUUCCUAUGCUUUGUUAUACUUGUCGAUAUAGCGAUUUCUACAUUUUUAUUAAUUUGAAUUUAUCGAGAUAUUCUAAUGUAAAUUAUGAAGAUCACUGCCAUGUUUCGUUCUAUCAUCACAGUUCAAACAUAGUCAAUCAAUAACGAAUCAAAACACAUUUUUAAAAACAGCUUUGAAUCAUCAAAAAUGUCGAUUAAGUAAUAUAUCGAGAAAUUUUAUUCUCGAGAUAUAUAAUGUGUUUAUAUUUUAAUUAUUUAUCGUAUAGAAUGAUUCUUCCUCAUUUACGUUUUCGAUUUCUAGGAUAAACAAAAGUAUCAGUCUCAAUUUGUAAUAAUAUUACAAGUGAAUGAAGAGAAUCUAAGAUGAUACCAAUGAUCUAUUACUAUACCGAAGUGCUUAUUACAAAGGUUGUUAUUUCUGAAAUUUUUACGGUUUACAGUGUAAUUUAAUGUUACUGUAAUGCUCGACAUUUAUAUUCAUACGUAUACAUGACAAUGAUUCGUUUCUGUACAUAAUUGUUUGUAAAAUAAUGAACUUCUUCGACAAUUUAUGACAAUUUUUUACAGAUGUUUUUAUACAACAUUUUUUUUUUAAUCGAUUUAGAAAUUAUUAGAAGGAAGAUGUUUUUCAUUUUCUUUCAGACUCUAAUCACAUAAUCAUAAAAUCACAAAUUUCCUCAUUUUCAUUUUUAUUUUAAUUCGAUGAAUAUACAAAAUGCUCUGAUUAUUAUAGGAAUUAUUUUACAACAAUCUACUAAAUCUAUUUAUAAUAAAUACAAAACAGUAUUAGUGUGUAACAAUAACGUAUCCACUAUACAGAAUAAAAUUGCCUAGAGAAUCAGAAUAUAAAUUAAAUUUUUUAAAACUGUAUACGUAUGCAAAAUAGAAAAUCAUGAAAACUGAAAAUGUUUUAACAUAGUGUCAAAUAAACACGGAAAUAACUCUAAGGGUCGAUAUACCCGGUAUCGACAAGAGACAAAGUACUUUUUGACUAGAAUUUUCUUGUUAAAGGUGAAAAUCUCAAGAAAAGUGUCUCUUGAUUUUAUCUUGAAUGCUAAGCAUUUUAAAAUAACUUCCCUUGGACAUUGUCCUUGGAAUAAUUCGUAAUUCAGCGAAAUGUAUUUAUUUAAUUGAACUCCGAAAUAAACAAACUGUAGAUAAAUAUUUAGUCAAAUUGUCGGGAAUAUUGACUGUAUGCAUGGUCGCGUAUGUACGUGACUGUAAAAGUUUUGAUACAACUUUUCUUAUUCAGCAGAUAUAUAUUUAUGAAAAAUUAUUCAUUUUAUAAAUCAAUUAAUUUUCAUAAAUUUAACUUUACUCAGAAAAAUAAUUUCGAAUAAGGGGAAGAAAAAUGUCUAAAGGAAUGAAAUUUCUUUGUUCAAAACAUAUAGAACACAACUCCUAUAAAAUGUAUUAAAGCAUUUGCAGUCAUUUAAUAUCUUCCUUAAUUUUCUAUUCAGCGUUGUAAUUUUUGCGAAGACUCUAGUUCAAAGUUAUUUUCGUAAUAAUUAUAUCGCAAAUCAAUGGUGCUUCUAUAUUCCAACGAAUACAAUAAUACCCCGUAAUAGCGUUAAUCAUUAUUUCUCAUUGUAUUUAUACAAUAUUUCUCGACAAUACAAGAAAGUAUUAAGAUAAUGUAACUAUAAGAAACAAUUGUGAAAUUAAAAAUUCUGUACUCUGUGUUUUUAAGUCUUAUCUCAAUUUUGAAAUUUACAAACAAUGAACUCAUAUACAAGAUAUACGAUUACAAAAAAUUAUUGUUAAAACAAGAUUUAAUUUUUCUUUUAAAAUUAAUUUUUAUUAAAGAAGAAAAAGGUUGUAUAUUUUUAACGCGAAAUAACUCAUUAUCAAAAGUUUAAUUAAAACAUAGAAUUAUUGAAGUAAUUAUGACUGAUGUAAUAAAUGUAAUCCAGCGUAUAUUAUGAGCGAUAAAAAUAAUGUCAAGUAUUAUUAUUAUAUGUAUCUUUUGAGAGACAUAAUAUUGGACACAGAUAAAGUUUUUAUAAAAAAAAAAAAAAAAAAUAAGUAAAAAGCUAAAAGCUAAAAAAAAUGGACUUAUUAAGAGUGCCUUGUCAUAUCUCUGUUACUAUGCAAGUAUUAAAUAUUGAAUCUCAAUUUACAAAAACACUUCCUUGAAUUUCAAUGAAUCGAUUUCACAGCUACAAUAAUUUUCACUUCAGCGAUAUGUUACUAAGCUACGUAUUUUUUUAUAUUAUUUGGAAAUGCAUGAUGCUUAGUGCUAAAUAAUUAAAAUUGUUGCGAAUAUUUUUCUAUCGAAGUACUCAAGGAAAAGAGGAUUAUAAUUAUAAUAUUUAUUAAUUAUGGUAGAUAUUACUAACAAUACGAUUAAGCUACGACGAUAAUUGUUACUUUGUAUAUUUAUAAGUCUUGGAUAAUGCUGCUGUCCAGUGACAUAUAAUUUUAUAUCGAUCUUGUAGAUAUUUUGUGUAAUGUAUUUUUUAUUGAUAUUUAUUGAAAACACAUUUUGAUACAUCGUCGGAAUUCAUGUUGGAAUUCCUUCUCUACAGUGUUUCAUAAAGCAGACCAAUAAAAUCUCGACAUUAUUUUCACUUCUCAACCUUGCACUUUUCUACCUUAAUAUUUUUCUAUCCUUAUUGUAUCGUAAAAAAGUUUCUGAAAAUCAAUUAAAAUCGUGGAAUGAUAGAAUGACAGAAAUAUAUUGCUUUGCGAAUGAAUUUCAUAAGUAACGCCAAUUUUCGUUUAGUAUCCUCAACUAAAACUAGAGGGCGACUAUACUUUUAAAUUCUGUCAUAAGUACAGCUUGUAGUCAGCAAAUAAACAAGUGAGAAAAAUAUGACAAUGGACGCACGUAGACGAGACAGGGAGCAAAUUGGGUUAUGUGGUGUUGACAGAAUUUGGGGAAAAUCACCAACGCGAAUCGAAGAUUCUGACGAAGAUGAGGAAAUUAACAGAUACCAAAGUAGCAUUAUACCAAAAGACAGAAAGAGGAAACAAGAGAUGAA